GGGCGCGGACCGCCCCUGCCGGCGGCGAUGGCGCGGAAGAAGGUGCGGCCGCGGCUGAUCGCGGAGCUGGCCCGGCGUGUGCGAGCCCUGCGCGAGCAGCGGGACCGGCCGCGCGACUCGCAGCGCUACGCCCUAGACCUCGAGACGCUGUCGCGGCCGCACACGGGCGUCCGGCUGCCCCAGCGCGCCUGGGCCGACGUGCGCCGCGAGAACCGCCUCCUGCAGCUGCUCGGCCGCCUGCCGCUCUUCGGCCUGGGCCGCCUGGUCACGCGCAAGUCCUGGCUGUGGCAGCACGACGAGCCGUGCUACUGGCGCCUCACGCGGGUCCGGCCCGACUACACGGCGCAGAACCUGGACCACGGGAAGGCCUGGGGUGUCCUGACCUUCAAAGGCAAGACGGAGAGCGAGGCCCGGGAGAUCCCACAGGUCAUGUACCACGACUGGCGCCUGGUACCCAAGCACGAGGAGGAGGCCUUUGCUGCUUUCUCGCCGGCGCCGGAGGACCCCCUGCGCCCGGUGCCCUACCCCCCACUUCUCAGGGCCAUGAUCCUCGCUGAGCGACAGAAGAGGGGGGACCCCAGCACUGAGGAGCCCAUGCUGUAUUUGGAGAGGACACGCAUCGAGCCCUGGGACUACCCUGCAAAGCAGGAGGCCAAGAAGAAGGCCAAGGGCACCCCAGUCUAAAGCGUCGGAACGGGCAGGCUGCUCGAGGGCUGCAAGGCAGUGGGGACCUCACCUUCCGGUCUUCCCUGUCUGACCCAAAGGGCCAGAACCCUGCCCCUGGACCCCUCUGCUCCGCUGUGCCCCUCCCCGUGCCCAGCGCUUGGAACCGAGAGUGUGAGGGGCCCACAGGAGGAGCAGCUGGGGGGAAGCUGGAGACAUGGGGGGCUAGCAGGCGUGUUUGCCACGGGCUCCCCGACCCCCAGAGUCUCUAGCACUUGGCUCUUCCAUGCUGGGUUCCUGUCCCCGUGACAUGUUUACUCUCCCUGGCUUAGGACUGAAGCCCUGAAAAAGAAUAAAGGCAAAUGAAGGAGG